UAUGAAUUCAAAAAUAGAAAGACAAAAAAUUUCUAAUUAAAUGGCAGUUCAUCAAUCACAUUCAACCAACCUCCCAAGCAUCCUUAAAUCCUUGUAAGAAAAUUUGGUAAACACCUACAAACAGCAUUCUGAUGGAGAGGCGGCUUCUGAAUCCCAACUUCGCCGCAUUUCAGCCGGAAUGGGAGCGGGAGGACAUCCUGCUAACGUUCUUUAAAUGCACCAGAUGGCAAGUGGAAGAAACAUUGGAUCCAAUCACCUGUCCGUUCCACUACUUCUGCGACAGCAUUUAUCCCGGAAAUUAUUCUCCGGCGGUGGACGCCACUGUUCUCUUCUUCACCACGGCUUCGUUUCUAGCAACAUUAGUGAUUAUGGUAAUAGAUAUUUCAAGGAGAGGGCAAUGCUGUUUUGGACAAUGGAAGAGAUUUUUGCUGCCAUCUGGCCCUGUUUCUCUACCGCUAAUCCUGUUAGCUCUAGCCAAGGGUCAACAGAUCAACACUCUGUUUCCACUCUCCUGCAUUGGCCCGGCAACCCUUCAGUUGGUUCAGAUUUCUGCUCUGGCGUUUGACAUUGGAGCAGAUAAGGAUCCCAAGUAUGCAUUCUUCGAAGCAUCGACCAUUUCAGGGAUUUUGCAUGCCAGUCUCUACCUUGAUUCUAUUAUCUUACCGUACUAUACAGGUUUCGAUGCUCUGGUGUCAUCAGACUUCUCCGGAGAGUGUUUAUCUUGUGUGUGUCGGAAAGAGGCUUUGGUUGCCGGAGGAAAGUUGGUAUCUUACCGGGGGUGGUCAUUGACUACAUUCUCUGUGGUCGGAGCUCUAUGUUGGAGGAUCAUUUGCACAACUUCUGCAGAGCAGAAGCGAAAAUUCUCAGUUGUCAAGUCUCUGUUGGAAGGUUUAGGGUGGAUGUUGAUAACCAAAGAUUGCAUUUAUCUGGUCAUUAACUCUCCGCCGGAAAAGCCUCUGUUAAGAGCUGCGGCUUCCGGAGGCAUUCUUGUAUUGAUCUGUCUUCAAUUACUCAAAAAGGUUUGCAGAAAAAUAGUACAAUGAUACAGGAUGUCGCCAUGGGUGUACUGGCAGAUCGAUUGUCCAGUUAAGUCCCCUGUUUUUCUAUAUACACAGGAUGUCACUAUGGCCAUACUGGAAGAUAAAUUGUACAGUCUUAAGUCCUCUGUUUUUCUAUGUACUCAUUCUAGGACAUAACGGUUAGAUUUAUUUUCUUUGCGUUUUGGUACAUCAUGCAGGGGGAAGAGGAUACGUAAUAACUAAUAGGAAGUUUG